AGCCGUUCAGAAUGCAGAGUUCAAAAAUUGCUCUUACCUUCCUUGUGGUGGUGCUGAUUCAAUGUACAUUCGUGGAAUCUGGUGGCUGGUGGUGGCGUCGUAGCCGAAAUCGCCGUACUCCUGUUAAAACUGGCUGCAAAUAUCCUAGCUCGGACAACGAAAUUUCAGGUUAGGUAUUUACUGAGUUAGUUGACUCGGUAAGAAUGUUUAAAAAUUGGAAAGAAAUGGUAAUGAAGGGAAUUUUAGAUCAAAGUUUCCAGUGGAUCCUUAUAUACAGUAUUUAUUAGACAUAACUACGAGUAGUUGCUAAAAAUGCAACUAUAUAGGCCAUAUUGUCGCCAUGAAUAUUUGUGGUGUGAUUCUUAAGAUUGGAGUACAAUUGUUAGAUAGACUACAAAAUUAUUUAGUCGUUGUUUAUGAGGUUGAUUUUUAAAAUCGCUCUCAUAAUGUUAGAAAUAGUGUUUCUAAGCCCUAAAUAAAAAUGUUCUGGAGGAGUAUGUCCUGAGACUCAUAUCGAGAUUUCUCGCGCCUCGAAAUACGACUACCUAAAUUAAAAUCCUAGCUAUAUACGGACUUAAUUGACAUGGGACAUAGUCAAGCAUUGCAAACAGUGUACGUAUUAAGAUUACAAUAUAUUUAGUCAUGUUUUCUCCAUACCUUGAAACCUGGGGCAGGAAUGGUAAGUUUGAGAACGAGUGAAAAGGACAUUCUCCCUGGCGUAAAAGAAAUGUAAUCGAAACAUGAUUUUAUUCUUGUAUCUUAUUUUUCUUGCAUCUCCACUUUCCUACUCUUUAUGUGUAUAUCUGCACUCUUAAAAAUAGGUGUGCUAAAGCAACACACCGUUUAAUAUGUCGGGAAAACAAAAAACACACCUUAAGGCGUUCUGCUGUAACACACCUUAUCAGUAAUACAAGCUUAAAUUUAAUGUAAAAUUCAACCACAUACGCUUCGCUAAACAUUUAAAGUGAUUUCAAAAUCUUGCAUAAAAAUAACUUUGCUUCCCUCCUUAUUCAAAUAUUUUAUUAUAAUAGAAAAAGGCAAUUAAUAAAAAUACACUGCCAUUUAAACCUGUAUUUUCAUUAUAUGCAACAUCAGUUUCUAAAGCAAUUACAAAGCAAACAUUUUAUAUUUUAUACAAAAUGGAGGGAUAAAAAUAUUUUUUACUGGAAAGGGCAACAUGAUUGCAGGGAGGCCUUCCCCUUCCUCAGCUCAUAUGUUAAACGUGGCCUUAGUGCAUUUUUUAAGGAUUCUUCAGUGAUGGGGCAAAACUGCCAAUGGGCCCAAUUUCCUUGUCUUCCUCCCCAGGAUAGUAUACGAUCGCAGAAAAUGUGAGCCCAGUGCCGCAGGCGUGAGUUAGCUAGGGGGGUCUGAGAUUACCAAUAACACUAGAGGGUUAUCGUAAUCUCAAUUAAGUCUAAGAAGGGAACACGGCUUUUGAUGGGCAAAAAAUUAAAAUGCUAAAAUAAGUGCGAGUUUGAGCCAAAAUCUCUAAAUUCUUGUUUAUGGCAAUUAAGCUAGUCCCUUUUUCAUUUUACCAAAUAUUUUUACCUCAAUUUUGUCUAUAACACAUUUUUGAGAGCGCUCCAAAAUAAUGCUGAUGUCAGCAAUUUUGAUCUUUUCAGGAGGAAUUAAUUAUCGUUUGAUUUCAAAAUUUUGGCGGAAUGUUUUUAGUAAUGACAUGCAAAACAUAUAAAACACCCAGUUUUGCGAGUCUUGUGACUGUUGUUUUACAUUUUUCUGGAUUUAAGUGUAACCCAACAAUUGUGUGAUGUUCAUCCGGGAAUUCAAAUUGACCUCCAUUACCGCCCUCCCAAAAUUUCAUCAUCGAUGAAAUAGGAAAGUAAUAUCUAAAUUGUUGUAAAGUUAAAUACUCAAGGCUACACGCGUAAAAAUGCCUAGGUUGAUGCAAUACUGAUGAAAACAGGAUUGAAGAAUGUUUUGCUGCAAACAUUGUUCACAGUUGUCAACAAUAUUGAACAAUAUUGUUACACACAAUACAGGCUCAACAAUACUGUUCAAUAUUGUUGACAACUGUGAACAACGUGGACAGGAAAACAUUGUUCAAUCCUGUUGAGCAGCGGGCUCGGCGUUUUUUGCCGUGUAAGUAAGUAACACGAACUUACUAAUACUUGAUGUAAUCGGUCACUGAAAAGCCCUGUGGGAAGGAGCUAAAUAAUAACGUAAGCUAGUGUUAUUUAUAAUCUCCAUGGGUCUGGGGCAUGUCCCGAAGGAAAUUUUUAAAAAUUUGGCUCUCUGAAAUAGCAUUUCCUGCAUUCUGAGAACACAUUUUAAAAAAACAUCUCAGCUUCCCAAAACAAAGUUUUAAUGGUGAAAUUUGUAAUAAAUUGCGUGCUUUGCAUUCAAACAGAACAAAAAAGUUCAAGAAUGCUCACCAACAAAUUUUGUUUUUUAACUGCUUCUUUUCAAUGGUACUCAUUUGUUCACUCAUUUAUAGGGCGCGUUUGACCUAUUCUGGAUUGCAUCGGAGCGGAGCGAUUUUUCACACUGCGCCACAGCAAAAAUCACUCCGCUUUGGAGGUGAUAUUAAAAGUAAUUCAGUGUGUGCCGGAGCAGGGUAUAAACAGGCCAGUCCGGUACGCUUCGGUAUACAAAAUCGGUUUUGGUGUGGGAUAUAUUGUACAUUGUCGCCUUUAUUUGCUCGCUGUUGCAAUACUGAUUGAUAGCUGUUGUUUUUUUGCUUUACAACCAUUUACUAUUUCUGGCGAAAACAAAUAAAGAGAACGAUAAUAACAUUGACUUUUCUCUUUCGAAAGAGCAAAAAUUAAAGAAAUAUUCGUCAAUUUUGGAUAAGAGCGAAACGAAGCAAGUCUGCUGGUCAAGCUUUUUAAACAAAGUUAUACUACUGUAUACAAAGAAAAUGUGUAUUAUUUCUGGUUUUUAAUAAAUUUUAGUAUUUUGGGAAAAAAUGUUUCUCGUAUUUCCAUGGCCACAGUGAAACGACAUAGCAACAGAGCAACAGAAAGAAACGGCAACCUCUAAACUCCUUUGUUUUUUCUUCAGACUGAAAAUUAAUACGGUAUGAAAAGUAAUCCGGUAUAGUAUAAACGGAGCCAUAGGGCCCUAGCUUUGGGGCAAUAGGCCAUUUUUUUCUCCACUGGUGGGGCAGAGGAAGGGGCCUAGUUGGGCAAAUGCCCCACCAGUCCAUGGUAUUAAAAAUGCCUUUGCUUGGCCUGGAUUUUGUUGUUUAUGAAGCUGAUGGCAAAACCUAUUUACUAAAUAUCAUAAUACUUUAAUUAUUUCAUUAUUCAUUUAUACUGUUAUAGGCUCUAGAAGUGAAUACUUUUACGGCACAACAAGUCUGAAUAAAGACAGAAAACGAGAAUUUAGUGUCUUUAAAUGGAAACUCGAUCACAGUCUGCUCAUGUUCCGUGGGAAAAUUUUUGAGUGGGGUAUGGGCGACUCAAAAACCUACAAAAUGAAUCGAAAUCCAUCCCAAUGUUCAAUCACAUGGUCGUCUGGAAGUAAAGGCACGAGCAAGUGUCUUUUGAGUGAUGUAGAGGAAUGGACCCGAAAUUAUCCGAAGAGGAAUGGCGAGUACCACUUGCUGAAAAACAAUUGUCAUUACUUUGUCAACAGAUUGGUCAGACACUUGAACACCGAUUGUGGACAUUGAGGUCAACAGUUAUAUUGAAUUCUUCGAACUGGCUAAAGGAUAUUGAUGAUUGGAUUACCCUUCAAACUUUGCACAAUUGGCACAACAAUUAUAAGUAAAAUAUAUAAUUAUUAUUUUCACAUAUACAAUAGAUUUUUAGGCAACUCGGUGGGCAUUAGUAUUUGGAUAUAUGUCUCACAUUUAAAUAAGUAAAUUGCACAGUAAAUAAAGUCGUAAUCUUGAAUAAGUAACAAAUCUCUCAAUAAAAUAUUAGC